GUCGGCCCGAUGGAGGAGGAGGAGGAGGAAGCGAGGGCGCCGCUGCCUGGCGGCGCCAACGAGGCCGGCAGAGGCGCCCCCGUUACACCCCCUGCCCCCGGGGCGCUGCCGGCCCUCUGCGACACCAGUCGCCUGGCGCACCGGCUCUUGGCACAGUUGCUGAUAUGCUUCCUUGGUUUCGGCGGCUAUUUUUGCUAUGAUAAUCCUGCUGCCCUUCAGACUCAGGUUAAACGGGAUAUGCAGGUGAGUACCACGAAAUUCAUGCUGCUGUAUGCCUGGUAUUCUUGGCCCAAUGUAGUUUUGUGUUUCUUUGGUGGCUUUUUGGUAGACCGCGUAUUUGGAAUACGAUGGGGCACCAUUAUUUUUAGUUGCUUUGUUUGUGUUGGACAGGUUGUUUUUGCUCUGGGUGGAAUAUUUCGUGCUUUUUGGCUGAUGGAAUUUGGAAAGUUUGUGUUUGGGAUUGGUGGGGAGUCCUUAGCAGUUGCCCAGAAUACAUAUGCUGUGAGUUGGUUUAAAGGCAAAGAAUUAAACUUGGUGUUUGGACUCCAGCUUAGCAUGGCUAGAAUUGGAAGUACAGUAAACAUGAACCUUAUGGGGUGGCUGUAUUCUAAGGUUGAAGCUUCGUUGGGUUCUGCUGGUCACACAACCCUUGGGGUCACACUUACGAUCGGGGGUAUAACAUGUCUCCUUUCACUAGUCUGUGCCUUGGCCCUUGCUUACUUGGAUCAGAGAGCAGAACGAAUCCUUCGUAAAGAGCAAGGAAAAACGGGUGAAGUUAUCAAGUUAACUGAUGUGAAGGACCUCUCCUUCCCCCUGUGGCUCAUAUUCAUCAUCUGUGUCGGCUGUUAUGUUGCUGUGUUCCCGUUCAUUGGACUUGGGAAAGUUUUCUUUACAGAGAAAUUUGGAUUUUCCUCCCAGGCAGCGAGUGCUGUUAACAGUAUUGUAUAUGCAAUAUCAGCUCCCAUGUCCCCAGUAUUUGGGCUUCUGGUGGAUAAAACAGGAAAGAACAUCAUCUGGGUUCUGUGUGCAGUGUGGGUUGCUGUGUGUCUCCUGGGACUCUCCUACUCAUUGCUUGCCUGUGCAUUGUGGCCAAUGGUGGUGUUUGUAGUUCCCGAACAUCAGCUGGGAGCUGCAUAUGGCUUCAUGCGGUCCAUUCAGAAUCUUGGGUUGGCAGUCAUUUCCAUCAUUGCUGGCAUGAUAUUGGAUACUUGGGGAUAUCUGUUUUUAGAAGUUUUCUUCAUUGCCUGUGUUUCUUUCUCACUUUUAUCUGUGGUCUUACUCCAGUUGGUGAAUCGUGGCCAAGGUGGGAACCUAAAUUAUUCUGCAAGACAAAGGGAAGAAAUAAAAAACUUUCUCAUGCAGAGUGAGAAGUUUAAAUGACUGUGUCAUGAGAAUGGGCUGCACACAUCAUUGGUUUGAAA